AUGUCGCUAAAUCUUACACCUUCAGAUCCUAGAAACGCUGAGUGGAUUGCUCUUCGUAACAAGCAGAUAACUGAGCUACAGAAUUUCCAGAACGAAGUUAAAGCUGCGAAAGCUAAGUUCUUCAAAGAUAUCGAGAAGAAGCGAGAAGAUCUCAUUGCUACGCAUCAACGUGAGAAGAACGGCCUUUUGAACAAUGAGCAGGCAAACAGCUCAGGAACUGUGCUGCCAAAGAAGAGUGGUGAUAGACCUAGGCAGACACCGGCGUCCACCUCCAAGACCUCACCAUACACAAGCACGCCUCAGACACGCCUGAAGCCUCAAAGCCUACGCGUAGAGAAAAUGUGCUGCCACAGUCACCGCGGAACUUGGGAGAGCAACAGAGAGCUCGCACCACCACUCUUAAUAAUGCGAAUGUUUCUACAGAUCAAACAGAACGUAACACAACUCCACUACCACAAGGAAAUUUUGAGAUGUCAGAUAGAGAUGGGUCUCUAG